ACUCAGUUUGAUGUCCAACUUGACUUGUUUUUGUACAACAAGAGCAUUCUGUAUCAUGUAAAAAUAUGUUACGAAAAUAGAAAGUGAUAGGCAGAACACUCCACUGAGCUAUCCAUUUCAAAAUUUAAAAUUUUUUGGCGGUGGUUGGAAUUGUCCAAAUGCUGCCUUGCUGGGGGUUCGCAAGCCGAUUUGUAUCCGGGUCACAAAGUCUCAAAGAAAAAAAAAUUGAAAUUAAUUUAAUAAAUUUAUAAUGAAAGAGGGAUGACUUGGAUUAUUAUUUCAGCAAAGUUAUUGACAAUUUUAUGAUGAAUAUUAUUAUUUGCUUACUAGUUAAUGUGUGCUAAGUGUACACACCAGUCAAGUCAACUGACUGUGAGGUUGAAUUACACAUUUAUUUGAAUUGAAGUGCUUCAAAAGAAUUAUUUUUCGUAAUGGUAAAAAUGGAAUUAAAAAUUGUAUUACUUGAUUGAAGGAAGGACCAAAAUUGCAAUUUAUCACAGAUGGAAGCUCAUUUUGUUUUGAAAUUUGUACAGAGUUUUACAAAAUCCUGUCAAUAUUUAUGAAAUAUACACUAUAGACCAUAAAAGAGAAAAAAAUCUAGAAUUAUGAUAUUUUUUAUUCUUAAGAAAACUCAAAAUUGGAUUUUAUUACUACAGUAGUACCCAUUUGAUUUUUUUCUUCAGUUUCAUAUCAGCAAAUUUACCGCUUUGAUUUAUGUUCUUUUUUUUUUCCUCAAGGCUCAUCUACUCUCACAAUAAAGAGCUUCUUCAAGCCAAAAGGAGAAUGUCCGUCAGUUUCUACCACUCAGUCUGCAGAUGCAAUGCCGAGUAAUUGUGCUCCAUCAACCUCCAAAGUGACAUCUCCCAUUCCUGUUGCUGCCAGACAGGAUACAUUGAAAGCAGAAAUACUCUGGUGCCUGAAAGUGGUUGAGGACCACUUAUCAUUUCAUUCCUGUCAGCACAAUAGCGACCUCUUUCAAAGAAUGUUCCCAGAUUCAUCGAUUGCAAAAGGGUUCCAAUUGUCAAAGACAAAAUGCAGAUACAUGACUGUGUUUGGUUUGUGGUCAUAUGUGCAAGAUCUCCUGUAUGACAACAUAAAGAAAUCCUCCCAUUAUGCCAUCCUAUUUGAUGAAAGUCUCUGCAGAAAGAAACUGCAGAAAAAGCAAAUGGACUUCCUCAUAAGAAUGUGGCAGCAUAAUGAAGUUCGCACUCGCUACUUGACAUCAGUCUUCUUAGGACAUAGUACAGAUGUUCACCUCAAGGAAGAACUGGAUAAAGUUCUUCACAGAGUAGGGUUGGAAAAAUUAUUGCAAAUUAGUAUGGAUGGUCCAAAUGUAAAUUGGAAAAUGUAUGAUGAUUUGUCAAGAGAAUACAAAUCGGAAGUGAACCGUUCCGUACUCAACAUGGGCUCAUGCGGGCUCCAUAUAGUUAAUGGUGUUUUUCUAACAGGUGCCAAGGCUGCUGAGUGGGAGGUGGAGAGCUUCCUAUAAUCCUUUUUAUUUGUUUGCUGAUGCCCCAGCCAGAAGAGAUGAUUAUGAGAAGAUAACUGAAGAUCAUACCAUGCCACUCAAAUUACUCAUUACUUAGUGAUGCAAACAGACUUGAGGAUUCAUCAAGAUUUUCCAGCAAGACUGAGCUUUUUCAUAUCUGUGGCAAAGUUGGUCCAUCCCUUUCUAACAGACUACCAAACUGAUGCGCCAAUGUUGCCCU